AUGUCGAGUGGUUUGUAUGCGGCGUACCAGCGGCAAGAGCGGCUACGGCUGAAGCGCCAUCGAUCGGAGAAUCGUGAAUAUACUCGUAGUACAAGACAGAAGACAAGUCAGUCGCAAAAUAUCCUGUCUCUCAUUUUCCAGGUUACUGACGAGAACGUCGAGCUGAGUAUGAGGCUCAACCUGGCCGUGGAACUAAGAGAAAAGAUGUUUCGACUAUAUGUGGAUGAGGUCGUGGAAUUGAUGAGAACGCAGCAUCCUCUGGUUAUGAAACUCGCAAAUGCACUGCUGCGCACAGCCUACGUUCCAUUGCAGCAGUUGUUCUUCAUGUCGUUGACGAGUUUACUCAGUACUCUGAAUUCCGGGCGCAGUGAGCAGACUACCAUUGUGCGAGAGCGUGUUUGUGACAGUAUAGGACAUUUAGACGCAGUUUUGCUCAUCGCUUUGUCAGUGGAUGACGUUGUUGGAGUGAUCGACCCGGGAAAAGCGUUGUGGGUGCGGGAGCAAGUGAACGCGCUGAAUAGAAGCACCAAGGUAUGUCGAACGUACAUUGUACGGAAGUGUUGGAUCUCUUCUUGUGGGAAAGACAAGAUGAUGCCAACUACAGUUGACAAAUGGCUUGAUUUUGGGGAAACCAUGCUGACAUUUUACCACCAGCUACCACUGGAGACCAUUCUGUAUAACAUUCCGUAUACGUGUCUGGAGACACUUGAGUUCGACGAAACCAUAACCUUAGCGCUAAUCUUCGUCAAACAGGAUUUUACCGAGUUUAAAGAUACUCUAUGUUCGAUGAAACCUGAAGGAGUCAAGAUUCUAUCUACCCCAGAUCUUGAACGGCGAGUACUUCAUUCUGUUGAAUAUCUGAUCCGAUUUUGUUUAUAUUCGACCACCGGCGCAACCCACGGCAACAACUUUUCAGCAUCGCGUCGUAGCUAA